UAACGUCUCUAGCCUGACGCUGGUAUACUUUUCGUUUCGUAGGGAGGAGUCAGACGUUAGUUUCUAUAUUAAAGUGACAUGUUUAUUGAAUUAACAGUAAUUCUACAACAUGUAUCGCGCCAUAUAUCCAUAAUGUAGUCUGUGCAUGUUGUUGACGUAAAGCUAUUGAUCGGUAACCAGGUAAUUUUCGAUAAAAGAUCGAAGGAAAUUGACGGAACAGGAAGGCGGAACAAGAUCACAGACUGAGUCAAAACCAAAAGACAGUCCAUAACAAAAACUCUGCACUGGUUGUUUACACAACCCUUUGAUUGCUUUCAUUUCAACAGUAAAUAAUUCACCAGAAGCAUUCAAACUAAUCGCCCGCCGGCACCACAUGCAACAAUGUCCAUGGCGCUGAAACAAGUCUUCAACAAAGACAGGACAUUCCGGCCCAAGCGCAAGUUUGAGCCCGGGACGCAGCGCUUCGAGCUGCACAAGAAGGCCCAGGCGUCUCUGAACGCAGGGCUAGACCUGAAGCAGGCUGUGCAGCUCCCCCAUGGCGAGGAUCUCAACGACUGGGUGGCCGUCCACGUGGUCGACUUCUUCAACCGCAUCAACCUCAUCUACGGCACCAUCAGUGACUCCUGCACCGAUCAAACCUGCCCUGUCAUGUCUGGUGGGCCCAAGUACGAAUACCGCUGGCAGGAUGAGCACAAGUACAAGAGGCCGACGGCGCUGCCAGCCCCCAAAUACAUGAGCCUGCUCAUGGAUUGGAUUGAGGUACAAAUCAACAAUGAGAACAUCUUCCCUACUAACGUCGGUACUCCCUUCCCUAAGACCUUCAUGCAGGUGGCUAAGAAGAUUUUGUCUCGCCUGUUCCGUGUGUUUGUCCACGUCUACAUCCACCACUUUGACCGUGUGAGCCAGAUGGGGGCUGAGGCUCACGUCAAUACCUGCUACAAGCAUUUUUAUUACUUUGUUACUGAGUUCAACCUCACGGACCACAAAGAGCUGGAGCCUCUGAAAGAGAUGACCUCUCGGAUGUGUCACUGAGGGAGCACAAGUGACCUGUCGACACACGCCGGACGAACGCAUCCGUCCGUCUAGAAGACUGCAGCAGAGAGCUAAAAGAACAGACAAAUUCAAAAAAGAGUCUAUUUUUAUAUUUAAGUACUGUAAUCUAUAUUAGCCACAUACUGUAGGUUUUAACCAAGAACCUGGUCUUAUGAGGCAUUUUUGUUCCUUUUAAAAAAAGUUUUCAAACAUUUUAUCAGAGCCCAGUAUUAAGAAGUGUAUGUUUGUGUUGAUGUUUUUCUAUUUUAUUUGAAUCUCAAUCAUUCCAGGAUACUUCUGUUUUUCUGUCUGUCUAAAAUGAUCUAAAAUUAGUUUGAUUUCUUACUGUACGUCUAUAAAAUCAUUAAAAUGAUUCUUUACUCUGUUAUAAUUUGAAUUUGGUAAUCAGUAUUUAAAUUAACACUGACUGGUUUUCCUUUCUGAAGCUAAUAGUACUGGGUUACGGCCUAACCUAAUCUAUUGAUUUUAUUUUUUGUCCAAGUUUUUUCUGUAAAACUGUCAACAGUUUAGUCAAUUUUACCACUCACAACUGGAAACAUUAGUAUUUUCUUCAGGCAGGUGAAGUUUUAUGUACAAAUGUUAAAAUAGCAAUGAGGAAAAAUACAUUUUUUUUCUUUGUUUCUGAGAGUAAUUUUUAUGUUUUGAAGACCAUUUCAAAAAAUAAAUUUGGGGCUCAGCCCCAUUAAUUUAAAAGUUC